GUUUUAGUGCACCUAAACUAGCCGCUAAUAACAACACAUGUGAGGAUUGCAACCGUCAGCUGUGUUCAGCCAGUAAUCUAAAGCGACAUCGCGCCACAUGCAAAAUUGUGAUGCAAAAGCAGUAUUCAAAGAACGGAGGCAUAGCAUCACCAGUACCGAAGCCUGUACAGCAGCAACAGAAAUGGCAACCUGUAGAGAUAGCGGCCCGAGAGCGAAUGAUCAUCGAUCGCUCAUAUGCAGCUGCUUUAGCGGCAAGUCAAGAAGCUCGACAACAUAUGCCACAACAACAACCUCAAAUGAUUACUCGAACGGGUGCAGAUAAUGCGGGAUCGUUCGUAAUUGUUCAAGAUCAAGGUGUUGUAGGAGAGAGACCAUGGAUAACUGUUGGAGAGCACCUCCGUGCCCAGCACAUGCAGCAGAAAGUAUUGGAAGCCCAGAAUCUGCAACAACAGAACCUGUCUCAGCCUAUGAGUUCCAGUUCUACAGGACAAGCAUCGGACAGCAUGACCCCACCAGAUUCUGCCAAAGUUUUACUUAACAACAAUAAUGAAAUGCUACCGGAAGAGCAUAAAGCUGAAGAAGCUGAGCGUUUAGACGAAGAAAAUGAUUUAAACAGUCAAGACCCAGUGAAUCAGUACUCAUCCGAGACGAAACCAUCCUUAGCGUCUUACAAAUGCAAUGUAAUAACACGUUUACCAAUUUCUCAGCCUGCUCCUGUUAUGCGUUGUUCGUCUACAGUUGAACAGAAACCGAUCUAUGAGUAG